AUGUAUUUAUACAUUUCCAUAAUAAAACAACUUUUUUUUAUUUUAUUAAUCUGCAUACAUGUUGUCGAGGUUAUACCAUUGGGUACAGAUGAAGAGGAUCUUAAUAAUUCAAUGGUCAUAAAUCUACUGCAAGAAUGUUUUUCAGACCACAUGUUUAAUUACGACAAAUAUUUAAGUAUAAGUUCUGAUCAGUUGAAUUCUAUAAAGCAUGAUGAUUCAAUGCCAAUAGAGGAAAAAAAAGAAAAGAUAGAUAUUAUUAGUAAUGAAUUGAAUCACAUCGAAUCGCUAGAGAAUCUUACAUUUGGAUUAUUGGAAUAUUUUUUUAAACUCGUUGAAGAAUAUCAGAAUGGUGAUGUAAAGUCACGGUCUAAUUUUAAAAAAGAAACACUGAAAUUAAUUUCAACUUUUCACAAUUCUGCAUUAAAAAUGAAUGAUACAGAGUUUUUCCAACAUUUAUUAAAUCAAUAUCAUCCAAACGGAAACAUAAGGCAUGAAAAAUUAAUCAAUAAUCAUCAAAAAAUUAAUGAAGUGAAAAAAGACAAUUUAGCUUUAGAUUUGGUUGAUGACAUGUUAAAAGAAGUCAGUGAUUCUGCCGAUCAUCUUGAAGAAAAUAUGAAUAAUAAUAAAUUUGCUGAUAAUCCAAAGAUGCACGGAUCUCUUGAAACUGUUGUUAGAUUGGAGGAAGAUGAAGGCGAUUUUUUUUCAAUGAAUGAACAGGAAGGUGAUUCAAUUGAUGAUGACGAAAUACAUAGCCAUCAUAGAUUAGUUGGAUUAGUUGAUCGUGAUAAUAAUGAAUACGUUCUUACUAGGCCUCAUGACUUAACUGUCUUUUACGAAGAUGCACAACUUUUACGAGAUAUAAUUGUUACAAUAGUUUCAUCUUUUGUAUUUGGCUCAAUUUCAAAUAGUAUUGGAUUACCAGCGUUUUUGGGCUAUAUUAUCGCUGGGUGUUUACUUGGGCCUGCAGGAUACAACGUAAUUCAGGAAUUAAUUCAAACAGAAACAUUAUCACAAUUAGGAGUUGUCUUUAUUGUGUUUAUGUUGGGACUUGGAUUUUCAUUUGAAAAACUUAAAUCUUCAUGGAAAUUUGCACUUGGUAGCGCAUCAUUGAUAUUCAUUUCAACACUUAGCUUUUUUAUUUUUUCUGGUUUCAUCAUUGGCGCAAGUAUCAAUCAAGCUAUUUUUAUUGGUGCAUGUGUAUCACUCUCUAGUACAACUGUUGUUGAACGUUUGAAAUGUCAAGAGCUUGAACCAUUGUAUGGUUUAUUGGUUAUGCAAGAUAUUUUAUUUGGACUUUUAUUGGUAUUUUAUUGGUAUUUUAUUGAUUUUUGA